AUGGGACCCGGUUUAUCUGGCGUGGUCACGAUCACCAAUACUCACUAUGGCAAUCGGGUGAAGAUGCGCAACAACAAUGACGCUGAACCGUUGAUAUGUGUCGUUCCCAACUUACCUGAGGUUCCCAAAGCAGAGCUAUGGAGACUGAUACCUAGCACCAACAAUCGUUAUCAAAUCAAGAACUUGGAGUUUGGGUACACCGCAUCUACUUCACCUGUAGCCAAGGUCGAUACACAUGUAGAUGGAUCCGAUAGGGAGUACUGGUGGGUUGUAGAGAAAGCAGAAGAGAAGUUUGGACCGGAUGCUUACUUUAUCCAACAUAGAAAGCUUUGUUGGCAUCUCAUUGAUGAGUCCAAUGAGACUCCGAUUGAGCUUCAGACUUUGUCUAUGGAUCGUCGAAGCGUUUGGAAGAUUGAGCGAUAUAUGGAUCCUGAUGCGAGAAAUCACACAAGUGAUGGAGAGCGUUUACCUGAGACGACGACUGCAGAUAUUUCGGCAUUUCCGACCUCGUCGCUCAAGGCAUUAGUGGAUUUCAACUCUGCAAUUGAUGCAGGUAUUGAUGCAACCAAGACUAUGCCAGCCUUCAGCAUCGUCAAGUGUGCAUCUGAGAUGCUUUUGAAUCACGGCCAUCGGUAUAAAGAACUGUUCGAUCUGCUCAAGUUUAUAGCAAAUAUAUACGGUGAACUGGUGACUGAAAAGGAAUUGCUUAGUAACUUCCCUACAGAGGCGACACUAGUCGUAGAGAAGUUAGCACGACAACUACUGGAAUGUGCUGACUUCAUAACCCAUUAUUCGGAGAAAAUCGUGUUCUGCAAGGACAUUGAUCGUGAAACUCGCAUGACCAUGGAGCGCUAUCAAGAGAAUUUCGACGGUUUCAUGCAACAGAUCCACAGUCGUACGUUCAAUGAGAUAUCGUCCCCCAUCUACAGAGGGGCUCUGGAUGUCGACUUCAGCGGCUUGGAGUUUGCAACUGGAACCGGACUCAAUUAUGACAAACAGUGUCUCCUUGGUACUCGAAAGGAAAUCAUCUCCGAAGUCCAAGGCUGGAUUCUGACUGCGGCAGAUAAUGCGAAAAAGGUUUUCUGGUUGUAUGGAAUAGCUGGGAGGGGCAAGUCGGCGAUCGCGCACACUAUAGCCCGCUGGGCAAAUGAGCGCGGAAGCCUCGGGUCUUGUUUUUGUUUCGAUCGCACGCGACGGGAAGAUCAUUACAUCAAGAUACUUAACACCAUCGCGAAGGACUUGGCUCAUUACAAUCCUCUCGUACGCCGGGAGUUGGCGCGCACUCUACAUGAAGAGAACGAGCUUCGACAUACAAGAGACCUCACGCAACAAUGGACGAAGCUGAUCAUAGAUCCACUCAGAGCAGCGUCAAAAGCCACUCGCACCCCUGUUUUGAUCGUCAUCGACGCUCUGGAUGAGAGCGGCGCGGAGGAUACUCGUAGGCUGCUGCUUCAACUGAUAUCCGGAAAGCAAACUGGAUCCCCAGACCCUGCCACUGAGCUUCCGCACAAUAUCCGCAUACUCAUCACUUCACGUCCACUUCCCGACAUCCUCAGUGCUCUUCAUGAUCAGCAGCGCGUUCAUCACGUUUCCUUGGAUGAUGUCGCGUCAGAAUCCACUGGACGUGAUGUGGAGCAGUAUGUCGCUGCAAAACUGAGAGAUUUGGACGACUUUGAUAUAAAAGACUACGCGGCGCUGGCACACAAGUCGGACGGUGUUUUCGAAUGGGCUCGUCUUUCCUGUGAGUAUAUUGCGCGCAGAUCAUUCAUAGGGCCGAACCAUAGAAGCCGCUACGAUGCUGUGAUCACGGGAGAAUCUGCCACGAGACACCUGCUGGAUCACAUGUAUGUUCUCAUCCUGACGGAAGCUAUGCCAAGAGAGGAGCGUAUGAAUGCUCUUCGUGUGUUUCGCUCUGUGAUGGGACAAGUCCUUGCGUUAUUGGAACCGCUCUCGAGGGCCUCGCUACGGCGCUUUUCGGUGAAGGACGGCGGUGAUGUGGAUUUCUUAAUCUGCUCUCUCGGAGCGUUGCUCACUGGCGUCACCGAUGACCAAAUACCUAUCAAGCCACUGCAUGCAUCUUUUUACGAUUUUCUGAUGGACAAAAGCCGGAGUGGAGAAUUCUUCAUUGAAGUUUCAGCGGUGCAUCACCAAAAUAUGGCCUUUGCCUCGCUCCGCGUCAUGAAAGACGAGCUGCGCUUCAACAUCUGCCAUCUGGAGAACUCCUACCUACCGAAUUCAGCUGUGACCUAUCUAGAGGAACGCGUGAAGAGAUGCAUCUCACCCGAGUUGCAAUACUCCUGCCACUUUUGGACUUUUCAUGUCAAGGUAGCAAAGCAUGAUCCCUCACUCGCAAGAGAGAUCGAGUACUUCCUCACCACCGAGCGCGUGCUCUUCUACCUCGAGGUACUGAGUCUCACCCAUAGUCUUGGUGGUACAGCACGAGCAUUAUCUUCGAUCAUACCCUGGUUUAAGGAUCAUGAAAUCGCGCGGGCCAGGCAAACUAUUGCGGAUAUUCAACAGUUCGUCGAGACAUUUACGGCUACAAUACUGCAAAGCACACCACAUCUUUACCUUUCGGCUCUCCCAUCUGCCCCAACUUCAUCUGUGAUGUUUCAAAAAUUUUCUGCCAGGUUUCCUGGAGGAAUCAAGAAUGUCGCUGGAUCAAUGACUAUAUGGCCAUCCAUGCAAGAACUGAUCUAUGAGCAUAUGCGCUACGUCGCGUGUGUCACAAUCUCGCACGAUGGGCGGCGAAUCGUGUCCGGUUCGUAUGACUGCACCAUCCGAGUGUGGGACACGGACACGGGCAAGCAACUGGGCAAGCCUCUCGAGGGCCAUACGGACUCGGUCACAUCUGUCGCAAUCUCGCACGACGGCCGGCGGGUCGUGUCUGAUUCGGAUGACGGGACCAUUCGAACAUGGAAUACGACUAGCGGAGUUACGACCUCACUAGAUACACAGAUAAGGCCAUUUGGGGCACCAACCUUUGCUAGGACCGAUAGUUUUACAUCAAAUACAACCCAAUCUGUGAGCACGAAUGUGGAGGCUGUAGGCGUACAGACAUCAGUCACUUCACGUAUGCUGAAUGAUGUCCGCAAGAUGGUGGGCUGGAGGCAAAAACAGAAGCUGAGUGAGCAAAUGGCAUGCACUUGCGACCCAUACAAUUCAGAUCAGAGCACAAACAUCAAUGUCGACGCUCUGCACGAUCGCCCGAUAUGCUACUCGUCAAAUCCGGCUCAUGCUUUAAAGAUUCCGACGACGUUCUGGGGCAACUCUGCGCCAUCUUCCCUUCUACCGGAUGAAGAGGGCUGGGUCGUUGGCCCUGAAGGUCAGCUACUUUUCUGGGUCCCGAUCGAGCUCAUGGACCCGUCGCGGAUGUAUGCCCCGGGGAACGCUUUGGUGAUCCCGAAUGAUGGCUUACAGCUGGACCUGAGUCGGUUCACACAUGGAGAAGCCUGGCAUCAAUGUUAUAACCCUGACAGAGAGUAA